AUGAGAUUCUUCAAUGUCUUGUUGAUAGUUCUUGGUGCACUAGUUUUAUGGGUCGAUGCUCAAGCAACAUUAAAUACUGCUCUUCCUGGAACUCAGUCUCCUCCUGCGCUAUCAACGAAUCCGAGCCCGAAUCCACCCACCUUACCAAAUUCGCAAGCUGAAACAAUUAUCACUUCACCUAAUGCUAUUCCCUCAUCCGUCGCGCCUUCAUCCGUCGCACCUUCAUCCGUCGCACCUUCAUCCAUCGCACCUUCACCCGUCACACCUUCACCCGGAACUUCACCCAUCGCAACACAGGCGCCUGCUGAUACUCCAUCAACCGUUGCACCAGGAGCUAGCUCCAUACAAGAAUCAACUUCGAUAGCAGAUUCUCCGACUCCUACAACAGAUCAAACACUUCCCACAGGCUCUUCAUCUCUUUCUGCUUCGGUUGCUCAGUCCUCCGAUGAUG